AUGAAUGUCAUCAACCAACACUUCGCACCCCCUCCGCAUCUACUGAACAACCGUCUUUCGCCUUCUCGCAACAUCCUUUCUUCUCCAUCCGCCAUGACUGGCCGCAAGCGAAAAGCCGACGACGAUGGAAGCGGCGGAGACGAUGAUCGAAUGUCGGCAUCACCAUCUGGCUCACCAGCCGUUACUUCCCGGCCACUCCUUCGACAAUCCACAAAGCGUAUGCGCACCAAUAUUUCCGGCCGCCCAUUGCCUCUACCUCGUCUUCUCGAGACACUCAGUCCCGAUGAGAUGCGUAACCUUUUGCAGUCAAUCUGCGAUCGCCACCCAGCCAUCGGUGCAGAGGUCGUCACAACCGCUCCCCGCCCAAGCGUACAGUCUACGCUCGAGACAAUGGCCAAAUACGAAUCAGCAUUCCAGGCUUCUUUUCCUUUGGGUCGACCAUCAUCGGACUACGCAUACAACCGUGUUCGCCAGCAGCUCGUCGAGCUUCUCGAAGCUCUCAAGGAUUUCACACCGCACUUUCUCCCACCCAACGAACCACAAGCCGCUACCUCGCUCACUUUUCUUGAUGGCGCUACCGAUAUAAUCCAUCGACUUCCCGACUGGGAUAAUUACCAGCACAACCGACCUAAGCAUGAUGCGUAUGAAGAGAUUGCAAAGGCAUGGGCCGCAGUUUUCCGCGAGGCUUCUAAAAAGGCAGGAGGAAUUCAACUGCAAUAUGGCGGCUGGGAUCAAAAGAUUGCGAAGCACAAUGAGAUGUCAGGAGGUCGUAUGCACGAGGCGGUCAACGAAUUGCGAGGAAGCUUGAACUGGAUGGGCGCAGACACGCCACAGGCUCCCACCCAACCAGGACCCUCCGACCCCAUGUCCAUUCGACAACAACUUUUGAAUGGCACCUACGGCAUUGCUUCUCCUGUGCGUGCAGGAUGGUAG